UCCUUCCUUCAUCUCUGCCGCCAGUGUCCGCAAACGCUCUCAAUAAACAAAAUGCCCACAUUUCAGAUACGAAAGAGUGCAGAGAGGGGACAUGCCAACCACGGGUGGUUGGAUACCUAUCAUACAUUUUCGUUCGCAAACUACCAUGAUACUAAAUUUAUGGGAUUUGGUGCCUUGAGGGUGUUGAACGAAGAUCGAGUUGCAUCUGAAAACGGCUUUGGUACACACCCCCACAAGGAAUACGAAAUCUUUUCCUACAUUGUGUCUGGAGUACUUACUCACACGGAUUCCCUCGGGCACAUUGAACGUCUGACACGAGGGAUGAUACAGCAUACAUCUGCCGGAACCGGCGUAGCACAUUCAGAAACCAACAAUGACUCUGAGACUGUGCAUUUUCUUCAAAUUUGGUUGAAACCCGCUGUGCAUGGUUUAAAUCCCAGCUAUGUCACUCGAACUUUUACGGAUUCCGAAAAGCGGAAUCGCCUAUGUCCGGUUUUAAAACCAGAUCCUUCAUUAGGACUAUCUGUGCCUGUUGAGCUGCAACUGGAUAGCCUUGUACCAACUCAUGCUGAUGUGUACAUGUUUGCUGGUAUCCUUGAUAAAGGUCACAAGGUUGUUUAUCGGCCGGUUGGGAAUAGUAGGAGGAUGUAUGUUCAUGUUGUUAUGGGGGGAGGGAGUUUGCGUGUGGGUGAGGUGGUACUUUUCGGAGGUGAUGGGGUUUUUAUUGAGGGUGUUGAUGGUGGUGUGGAAGUGGAGGGGGUGAAUGGAAGUGUUGAGUUUGUGGUUUUGGAUUUGGAUUGAUGUGGGUGGGAUUGUUGAUGAGUUGGGGUUGGUUUUUGUAUAUGAUGAUAUACAGUGUUGAGAACGUAUUCUGUCACACUAGUUUGUUUCUU